AUGGUUUAUUCCCUGUUCAAACUAACCACACAGCGGCAUGCACCACCACACCCCACUAAGCCAAUAUUUACAACCACUUACAGACAGUACUGAUCAGUUUCCAUUAUAAAAAGUGAUUUACAUACACAAGUCCUUGGUACACGUCCUAAUAUGUCAGUAAGUACGUUGGGAGAUUAUAUGUGUUCAAUGACCAUGAGUGGCUUCAUUGUUGGCUUGUGUGGAAGGAACAUAGCCCGUCACAUCUACAAUACAAUCUCCUCGUGGAUUUGUCAGUAUUGACAAGGGGAUCAGUCGGGUCUAAAGACAACGCCGUAAUAACCCAAGACCAGUAGACUAAAUGUGCUGUAGACGCUUAGUGGAUAUACGGAGGCAAGCAGGAGUACACGUGGAGUAAAACAGUGUCAUCACUGGUGAGACCUGCAGGCCACGGAGAAGAUCUUGCGCAAGAUAAUGAGCACAGGCAGAGACACAGGCCGCUUCUCUGACAAGGCUGGCCGGAGUUCUUUCCCCAUGCGCUCCAGCCCCCAUCGCAAGUCUCACCCCCCCUCCCGGAAGUCAGAGGUCGGCGGCAAGUCAACCCCAGGGGCCACCCUGUUGCAGAUGAACCUGAAUACAGCAGAUCCUAAUGAAGCAAUGUUAAAGAGGACACACGAUGGCGUCAACAGGGAUUCAUCACCUGCCUGCACGGUACACACCGGCCAAUCAUACGCCAGCAAGAAGCGGGCUGUUGCUAACGGCAGCACACCGACCAAGUCACCUGGGCUGCUUUCAAGGGGAGACAAACAUCUGACUGGGGUCCUAGUGGAAAAGAAGAUCCUUGAUCUAGACAGCCAGGACCGGUGGAACACCAGCUACCAGGCGCUCCGUCUGGAGAAGGAGUGGAUAGAACUCCAUGAUCGCCGCAGCAUGAAGAGGAACUCAGAGAUCCUGCGACACCGUGUGGACAAGAUGUAUAUGAUGAGUGGCUCGGGAAUCAAGCUGAAGGCGAAGUACGAGAUCAGUGAGAAUGAGCUUCAGCAGCUGAAGGACCUGUCGGAGGCCAGACGGGUGCUGAGAGAAAAGUCCCAAAAGACACAGCCCCAAUCAGCUGACCUGAUUGAGGAGGGGGUGUCACCUCCCAUCUCCUCCACCCCUGUCCCCACCCCUACAUGUGGGGGUCGGUCCAUGGACACGCCAGACUCAGGGCAGGGUGUCUCUCCUCACAGUGACACAGGUGUCAUGAAGCCGGUCCCCAAGGCAGCCAUUUUGUCCCGGACCAAGAGCAAGUCGCCAGAGUACCGUGCCGACAGUCCCGAGUCAGGGAUUCAGGUAGAUGUACCGAGAGAGGAGGACUUGCAGGACAGUCUGUUGUUGGAGCUGGAGGAAGAACCUGAAGACCAGGAAGAAGAACCAGAUAUUGCAGAACUUGUAGAACAAGGCAUUAAUGCAUCUAGUCAUGGCAGGAUGGUGAAGGAGUUUGAUAAGUCCUACAUAGAUCGGCCGAUUAGUCGUGUUGAGAUCCAACAACAGUUGGAACCAGCUUCCCCUCCAGGUGGGGAUGUGGAUGUUGUGGACAUUCUAAAGCACCAGCUGACUUCCAACAAGGACAAGUGCAUGCUGGACAUAGUGACACGGCCGCCCGCUCACGACAGCAUUGAAGAUAACCUAGAUGAUACUCUACCUGCCCAAGAAUCCUCCUCGCACAAGAUCAAGAUAACACCAGGCCAUGGCAGCUACACCAUACUGCCAUAUAAUCCUAACGACCUUGUCAGGAAGGGCAAGGUCACUGCAAGUAGAUAUGUGCACAAGGGCAAAUGUUGUCAACCGCUGAUGAAGAAGAAAAAGAUUAAUAGUCAAGUCUUACCAAUACAUCAGUUUCCUAUUCGGAAACCGAGCAGUCGCUUUGUUACAACACAAAGCCCAGUCAUUUGUAGCUGUCGUCAAAGUUCGUACGCCAUGUUGUCAGUACAAGGAUACCAACUUUUCUUCUCGAAGAGGGUCAUGUGACUUUCAGCAGCGCCCUCUGCUGACAAGGAGAUUCAUUACCUUGUCAGGGCUGAUUGAAAGCAAAUUACACACUUAAACAAUUUCAUUUUUUGUAACAAUUUUUAUAUGAUGCUGAACUUGUUAUAAUGAUUUCUUUAAAAUAUUGUAAAUGAUGUGUGUGAUAUGUUUUUGAUUAUGUGAUUUUUCCAAACAAUCAGUAUUUGAAUUUUUGUAUUUUUGUAUGUUAAUUCAUUGUUUUAAGCAAUGUAUUUUACAACAUUCUAUUGAAUGAUCACAUAACCUACAGGUGCUACUAUAAUCACUACGUGUUGAAUUUUAUUUGUGUUAUGUUGUUAUGGAGUGAGGUAUGUGUAUUAUAACAGUUACAUCACUCCAGUUUUGUUCAGUGUAGACUACGGUACCAGAUCAUUUACAGGGAUCUUAGCAUCUUUUAUCAGAGGACCAAUAAAUUCUAUUGUUUCAUUACUUAAAAUAUCUUGUUACUUAGUAGUAAAUGUUUUCUAAACCUGGUUAUUGAAUAACUGAUCAUACACACAGAUGAGAAACAGAAACUUCAUAUCCCUCUAGGAUUCAUACCCAAGCUUAAUUGGAAAAAUUUGAAUGUGUUUUUAUUUUCAAAAUCACAAAUUAUCACUGUAUCUUAACAAUCAUGUAAGUAAUGACAAUAUCUUUACAAUAUUCUCUUCUCCAAGCUGAUAUAUUUGUUUAUCAUAUAAGGGGUAGGUUUCUCGUCAGGAUAAAGCCAACGGAUAAAAACGAUAUCCGUUGGGGUCAUAUGCGGAUAGAGAUGCAAAUAUCAAAGGUCAAGUAGGGACUACUUUUACUGUUUAUUAACAAACAUGGCGUCGCCCUUGUCA